CUGGAUUUGCAUAUAAACAAAGAUUAAUCGGCGGCUGCAAGGGUAUAUAGAAUUAGUUGUUUAGCUGGCUGGGAAGGCGUUAAUUGGCCCAGUUGGCGGCCAAAUCAUGUCCAGAGCGCUGCUGACGCUCGCCUACUUUGUGCUGACCUCCUGGUCCAUUGUGUUCACCGCCUGCGUUAAUAACGUGACUGGCACUGGCACCAGCUCGCCAGGAUCGGGCCCUAGCUCGGCGGUCAGCCUGAGCACAUCGCUGACCAACAGCGGGCACAUACAUCGCACGGCAGCGGCCAUUGAGCGGGUGAACAAACUCUGGUGCUAUGCCUGCGAUACGAUGGACGAUGGCCCCGCCUGUGUGGAUGUCCUCGAGCGCAACGAUACGACGCUAAUGAAGAAGUGCCAGGGCGAGGAGUUUAUCUGCAUGGUCAAGCGAUUCUCGUACACAACCAGCACUGAGAACUCGACCAGUCCGCCAAAGAUGUGGUCACUGGACCGUCGCUGUGCCGUUAACUGUGAGCCAGGCUGCAUUAUUAUUGGUGAGAGGACUAAGCUCUAUGCCUGCACCUCUUGCUGCGAGGAGUCCUUUUGUAAUACGGGCCGUGGCGGCGCCUCGGGUAUCUUUUAUCGCGAGGCAACGGGCAUCGGGACGCGCAUCUUCUGGCUGGCAGCCCCGUUCCUGGUCAACAUAUCGCUAAUGCUAUAUAAAAGGCAUGCCGGCCAUGCGCUCAUCCAGCUGCAGUAGACCCUCGACAGCGUGUGUACCUUAUUGAAUUUAGCCAAUCUAAGUAGCCACUAACUAAGCUCUCCAAUUGCUCAAAUCUAUUAACUAAAACAAUUCAACUCACCUUAAUGUAAAACGUUGUUUGUCUGAUUCCAUUUUGCCUAAUUAUAGAUGAUAUUCAAAUACGCACACAAAUUCAUCCGUGCAUUAUUGAAUAUAAAAUUAUGUACUGCUACAGAGCCAGGACAUUACUCGUGUGUAGUUAGCCAAUGAUUAUGGUGUGAUAAUAAAUGAAUCCAAGUGCCAGUCAGUACGAGUAUUUA